AUGCCUUCAACACAAUUUCUGUUGGGUGUAGUUCUUGGUCUAAUAUUAAUCGGCGAAGUGUCUUUGCUUCCUUCGGUAGUACGUAUUGCUAGUUUUACAUUCGGUAAAAAAUCCGAACUCGAGAUUUUAAUCAUACGUGACAUUAUGAUCGGAGCUUUCGAAAAAAGUGAGUCCCCCGAUUCUGCAUUUCUGUCUCUCCUAGCCCCAACAGCCCAGAGCAUCGGUUCGAUCGCCUUCGAAUUUGGGGGUAUUUUUAAUGAUGACCAAGUUGAUAGUCCGGCUGUAUUAGCAUUUAAGUACGCUGUACAUAGUAUCAAUCAAGAUAAGGGCAUUCUAUCUGAUACGACUUUGGACUAUGAUAUUCAAUAUGUAUCGAAAAAUGAUUCAUUCCGUACGAGUAAGAAAGUUUGCUCCCAAAUAAAACUUGGAGUGUAUGCAAUUUUUGGUCCAUCAGAUGCUGUUUCACGAGCCCAUAUACACUCAAUUUGUGAUGCACUUGAUAUUCCUCAUUUGGAAUCAAGAAUUGAUGUUGAAAAUCGAAUAAGAGAAUUUUCAAUUAAUCUUCAUCCAUCCCAAUAUUAUGUCAAUACUGCAUUUCAAGAUGUCAUUCGUUAUUUAAACUGGACUAAGAUUGGGGUUCUAUUCGAAAAACAUCAUGGCAUUGUUCAACUGAGAGAAUUGACACGAUCUUAUGGAUUGGAAAUGCACAUUCGUGAAGUAGAACCUUCGACAUACGUUCGAGUACUCAAUGAGUUUAAAAAUAAGGAAAUCAAUAAUAUUGUCAUUGAUACAAGUACUGCGAAUAUUUCUAUUAUACUAAAAGGCAUUCUGCAACUUCAGAUGAACGAAUAUAAAUAUCAUUACUUAUUUACAAGUUUUGACAUUGAAACAUUUGAGCUUGAUGAUUUUAAAUAUAACUUCGUGAAUAUUACAGCUUUUAGAUUAGUUGAUGCUGGCGACGUUAGUGUCAAGGAAGUUGUAAAAGAUAUGGAAAUAUUUGCCCAAAUGAAGAAAAGAGAUCAAGAAAUUUUUCGUAAGGACAGAAUAAUACAGACUGAGCCAGCUUUGAUUUACGAUGCAGUUUAUAUUUUUGCUAUAGGUCUUCAAACUUUGGACUUAUCGCACACAAUAAAUCUAUCAAACUUAUCUUGUUCAGAUGCUAAUCCUUGGGAUGGAGGCCUUAGCCUUAUCAAUUACAUUAAUUCGGUUGAGUGGAAGGGUCUCACUGGGCCAAUUCAAUUUAAAGAAGGUCAACGGAUUCAGUUCAAAUUGGAUUUGGUUAAACUUAAACAACAUUCAAUUGUUAAAGUUGGCGAAUGGUCACCUCAAACUAGACUGAACAUUACUGAUCGCUCGAAAUUUUUUGAAUCUGGAUCGAUGAAUGUUACACUAGUUGUUAUAACUAUUUUGGAAAAACCAUAUGUUAUGAUGCGGUAUGGAAAGAACUUUACUGGAAACGGUCGGUUUUAUGGAUUUUGCGUGGAUAUUUUGGACUUGGUUGCUCGUGAAACCGGAUUUGAAUAUAUUCUUGACUUAGUACCAGAUCGCAAGUAUGGAGCUAGAGAUCCAGUUACUGGUGAAUGGAAUGGGAUGGUUGCCCAGUUGAUGAAAUAUAAAGCUGACCUAGCUGUGGGCUCAAUGACUAUAAAUUACGCUCGAGAAAGUGUCAUUGAUUUUACAAAACCGUUUAUGAACUUAGGCAUCAGUAUUCUUUUUAAGGUCCCAAGUACACCACCAUUACGUUUAUUUUCUUUUAUGAACCCGUUGGCAUUUGACAUUUGGCUUUACGUUUUGGCUGCUUAUGUUUUGGUAUCUUUGACAAUAUAUGGGGUUGCAAGAUUUUCACCAUACGAAUUACACAAUUUGAAUCCGUGUGACACCGAGAACACCACAAUCGGAAACCACUUUACUCUUGGAAAUAGUUUUUGGUUUGCUAUUGGUACACUGAUGCAACAAGGAUCCGAUUAUAAUCCAAAAGCGGCAUCGACUCGUGUUGUCAGUGCAAUUUGGUGGUUUUUCACUUUAAUUAUGAUAUCAUCUUAUACGGCUAAUUUAGCAGCAUUCCUUACUGUAGAACGAAUGAUAACACCAAUUGAAAAUGCUGAUGAUUUAGCAUCACAGACAGAUAUAUCGUAUGGCACAUUGGAAAGUGGAUCGACAAUGACGUUUUUUAGGGAUUCCAUGAUUGAAACAUAUCGAAAGAUGUGGAGAUUUAUGGAAAACAGGAAACCUUCAGUUUUUACAACAACCUAUGAAGAAGGUAUUAAGCGUGUUCUUGAAGGUAACUAUGCUUUUCUAAUGGAAUCAACAAUGUUGGACUAUAUUGUACAAAGGGAUUGUAAUCUCACUCAAAUUGGGGGUCUUCUUGAUGCCAAAGGUUAUGGAAUAGCAACUCCAAUGGGUUCUCCUUGGCGUGAUAAGAUAUCGCUAACUAUUCUUGAACUUCAAGAGAAAGGUGAAAUUCAAAUGCUGUAUGAUAAAUGGUGGAAAAAUGCCGGCGAGACAUGUAUGCGAAAGGACAAAAACAAACAAUCGAAAGCAAAUGCUUUGGGACUUGACAAUAUAGGUGGAGUUUUUGUAGUACUGGUAUGUGGACUUACAAUUGCAGUUUGUGUAUCAAUUUAUGAAUUCCGCCAAUAUAAUAAAGAAAUUGCUUCGAUGUCAGUAAAUACUAAGAGUUCUUGUAGUUUAGGUAAAGGACGUAACAAAAUUCCACGUGGUGUACAACAAACUUUUUGCGAAGAAAUGGCAACCGAGUUCUGUUUUGCCUUACGGUGCAUGGGACCUAGACAACGACCAGCACUCAAUCGAAAAUGUUCUAAAUGUACAUCAGUAGCAGCAUCGUCCGAAUUCUUAGAUAAUAACGAAAUCUAUUCAAAGUCAAGCAAAUACUCAUCUGUUCGGAGAAGGUCACAGCGCAGUGAAACGGGUAUUUUAAGUGGGUACGACAUUGACAACCAAGAUAUUUUUUAAAUUUGCAAGUAAUAGAGUGAUAUAAGUUCAAAUCCUGUGAUGUUAAACUAAAACGAGAACAACGGCGCGUCGGUGGCGCAGUUUGGUCUUCAUAACCGCUCUGAAAGCCUAGGUCCCACAUCCUUAGCAGGAGGGAAAAAACUUAUAAAAAAGUAUCAGUUUAUGCUCUACUACGUGAAAAGGUGUCGAAAUGAAGAAGGUAGUAGAAUAAGUUUAAAUUGACUUUAUUAGCUUUUGUACGGAAAUAAUAAAAAUGUCAUAUUUUGUAUAUAUUGGUUACCAACUCUUUUUCCAUGUGUUUUAUCGAAUGAAAUAUAUCUCGGAUAAAAAUAUUUUUUAGGGAAUAAAAUUAAAUAUUGCUGGUUAUAAAGUUUAAUUCAAAAACACGUUCUUUUUGAAAAUGCUUUCUUCGAAAUUAUUACAAACGUGAAGAAUACAAGAAAAUCGACAUUAUUAUCUUACGCCAAUCGCAAAUUGUCUUGGCUUUAUAACCCAAUGAAGUGAAUUGUAAGCCCUAACUUUAAUUUGUUUUGAUAAACGUUAAGUGACCUGGGCCUUAGGUCUCUACAUUAAUCAUAGUAUUUUUAAGACAUUUGGGUAAAAAACAAAUACGAACCUAUUUGAAAAGCUCGAAAAAAAAUAAAAAUGAAAUCACGUUUUUGCUGGUGCUGUUCUUACUUUAAAUUUUUGAUAAAAAAUGCCUCGAAGAACAAUAAAAGAACUCAAUAAUCGUUUGUACCUUUUUAUUUAUAAAAGAAUUACAAAAUUAACAAAAAAAAAUAAAAAAAGCAUUACCAAUAUUAUUAUAUAUGUAGUUAAAGUGUUAUUAUAUUUUUAUAAAUAGUCUAUCUUUUUGGUAUCAUAAAUUUAGAUACAUAAUAUUAAC